CACACUUCGUAGGCGAAGCUCCACACAACACGGUCUGCUACCGAAAACCUCCUAACACUCCCAGUCAAGGCGCGCUCAAGAUGUCGUACAAGCUUUUGUUGCUUUUACUUCUGGGCGCAGUUGCCCUCGCUCAUUGCGCCCCCAUGGCGGAGGAAGGCGAAGACGAGACAGCACUUGAAGGAACGGCGGUAGAAGACGAAGAGCCUGUGUCAGAUCCAGAAGCCAUCGUUAGUCGUAAAUGGCAUCUAUGGAGAAAAGGCAGACUCCACUGCCUUUCCGUAAGCUCGAAAGGAAACAGAGCAGCCUGCCCAGCCGGCUACCUUGUGACAGGUUGCGCCUGUGGCUAUGCCUGCGGCUCGUAGAACCCCGAGGCUAAUGGAACUCGCUGCUUUUGCCAUAAGGGAUGCAUGCCUAAUGGCCAGUCCCUCGACUGGACCCUAGCAAUGUGCUGCAAGGUCAAGUAACCCGCCUACCACGACCACAGGAAAGAAUCGGUCACAUGAGAGUUUUCACGGAAAAAGGCUGACACAGCACAUGCAUCAUACCGGGAUGUACAAGUCCUUUGCAUUCUUUGUUAAUUAAAGAAAUUUUAGAAAUGUGCAAUUGAUCGUUCAAUGUUAGCAAUAAAAA